AUGUCGUUGACUUUCUCGACCGCCGCCGAAUUUGACGAGGCCUACGCCGCCGUGAACAAAGCCUUCGCCUCCGGCAAAACCAAGGACAAGCGAUGGCGCAAGCGCCAGCUCAAAAGCUCUGGUCUCCGGCAUCAAAAGGAGAUCCUCGACACCAUCGCCCACCUCGACGCCUGGACCGCCGACGAGCGCCCCAACCGCGGCGACUUCCUCAACUUUGUCAGCGGCACCACCAUCCGCAAAGAGCCCCUCGGCGUCUCCCUCAUCAUCGGCGCUUGGAAUUUCCCCUGGGUCCUCUCGCUGCAGCCCCUCAUCGCCGGCAUCGCCGCCGGCUGCGCCCUCGUGCUCAAGCCCUCCGACAUGGCCAUCGCCUCCCAGGACCUCCUCGUGGAGCUCGUGCCCAAGUACCUCGACCGCGACGCCAUCCGCUGCGUCACCGCCGGCCCCACCGAGAUGGGCUACAUCCUCGAGCACCGCUUCGACCACAUCUUUUACACCGGCUCGCCCGGCCUGGGCGGACAGGCCCCCGCCAUCAUCUGCCCGUCCGCCGACGUGAAGCUCGCGGCCAAGAGGAUCGCAGCCGCCAAGUUUAUGAAUUCAGGUCAGAUCUGCCUCAACGUCAACCACGUGCUCGUAGACCCCAGCAUCCACGCCGAAUUCCUCACCCACCUCACCGCCUACCUCGACGAGUUCCUCCAGGGCGGCCGCAACGCCACCCCCGACUACUACAGCCACAUCAUCAACGAGCGCAACUUUGAUCGCCUCGACACGCUCUUGCGCAACACCGCCGGCAAGCCCAUCUACGAGGGCCGCCGCGACCGCGACACCCUCUUCUUCGGCCCCACCGUCGUCGACGACGUGCGCCCAGACGACUCCCUCCUCAGCGAAGAGCUCUUCGGCCCCAUCCUCCCCAUCAUCAAGGCCGACCUCGCCGAGGCCCUCCGCCUGACCCGCAGCCUCGACCACCCCCUCGCCCUGUACGCCUUCACCGGCUCCCAGCGCGAAAAGGACCUCAUCCUCGCCAGCACCCUGUCCGGCGGCGUCACCUUCAACGACUGCUUCCUCCACGCCACCGCCAAGGGCGUGCCCUUUGGCGGCGUCGGCAACUCGGGCACGGGGAGCUACCACGGCCGCUGGGGCAUCGACGAGUUUAGCCACAGGCGCACCUGCGUCGAUCCUCCCGGCUGGCUCGAGAAUCUCAUGUCUUUCCGCUACCCGCCCUACACCGUGGCUAAUAAUUAUCGGUAUCUCAGCAUUCUCGUGGCGAGGAGCACAUCUCCACUAUAG